AUGCGCGGUAAAAGAAGCAUGUUCGUGGAUAUGGAUGAAUCGGUGAAAGGAAAUGUCGUAUUUGGAGAUUCCUCCAAGGUUCCUAUCAAAGGCAGAGGAACUAUACUCAUCCAGUUGAAGAAUGACUCACAACAAUUUAUUACUGAUGUGUACUAUGUCCCGGACAUGACUAGUAACAUCCUGAGUUUGGGUCAGCUGAUGGAGAAAAAUUAUGAAGUUCAAAUGGUGAAUCGUCAAUUGAAGCUGCUAAAUGAGAAGAAGCAGUUGCUAGCCAGAGUCCCAAUGUCAAGAAACAGAAUGUUCACCCUGAACAUUCAAACUGAAAUGGCGAAGUGUUUGAAAGCAUGUGUGAAAUAA